AUGUUUGAGGGAUUUGUUCAGGCCCUGAAUGACAAUGAGAUUAAUUUAAAACUUACGCAUGUGAUCGAUGAACACGAACUUGUGUUCCUAGACCUAAAAAUCAUACUAACACAAGAUGGCACUAUCCAAACCGAACUAUUUAGGAAAUCCACUUCUACCAAUA